AUGCGCAUACUCUUCACAAACAAGCUCGCACCAGCUAUCCAGGAUUAUCUCGAACAAUGCUUGGAACCUUCGCUGGACGAAUUGCAUUGGUCAUUAUAUAUGUGCGGACAUAAUUUUGAGACGGCAAGGCCUUAUUUGGUUUUCUCCUCGACCAACGCAAAGAAAAGGAAAACGGCCAUAGAAUUAGUAAGAGGUAGUGGAAUUCUUAGAGAUGCCCCGACUGUGAAACUGCGACAUACCUGUUAUAUUCCAGGUCUACACGCCCCAAUGGAGCUCCUGGGUGAUCAUGUCCGAGUUGAUGCUUCACACAAUCCAGCGAGUAACGAAUCAUUUUACUACAUGCCAUCUGAAAACACACUUGGAGUGUCAGUAUUUGUUGCUGGAUUACCGAACGAAAGCAGAAUGAGACAAGCUACAGCCGGCGGAAUUAUAUGUGUUGGAAGUCGGUUCUUUUAUCUCACGGUAUCCCAUGUACUUGAGCAAGACGAAGAACUGCAAUUACCGGGAGGUAAAUCCCGGAAUCAGAGUCAAAUUUUAGACGAAGACGAUAGCAGCGAUGAGGAAGAAGAGGAAGGUGGAGUUUCCGAACUCCGGUCCGAUGAUAGCAUUUCAACUGAUGGCUAUGUAAUAUCUACGUCUUCCAGCUGUGUGAAUCAAUAUUCAGAGGACGGUGAAUCACUCAAUGAAGCAAGCCAUGGGAUUCUCGCUAUUGCCAGGCUUCAUGAUGAAAUCGCGUUAUUUCAAGUCCAGAGGCCACUGCAGUCAAGCACCGCCCAAUUUGUACCAUCAGGCUUCAUCGAAUUGGGCCCGCCUGAUAGGAUCAGAAGCCACAAGCUCGAUUACCUAUUGAUUGAAAUUCAUGACAAGUCUUUGAUAAGACCCAACAUAUUAUCUGCGUCAAGAACCCCUUUGAGCAGCAUCAGCGUCGACAAGGUUGCUCAAAUUGACAAUGAAGAUUGCGAUGUAGCUGUCCUAACAGCGUCUAGGGGAGUUUUGAGGGGUGUUCUGAUUGCUACGCCUCGUUAUUUGAGCCUUCCUAAAGCUACUACUAUGCGAAAGACAUUUAGUCUUAGACUCGAUGGCAUAAUACAACGUGGGGACUGUGGGUCAUGGGUGGUUGAUGCAACCUCUGGUCAUUUCUAUGGACACAUAUUUGGCGGUGGUGCCGGGACCAGAACGGCUUAUAUAAUACCGGCCGCUGAUAUUUUCGAUGACAUACGAGCCAAAUGUGCACAGCCAGUGAUUCUACCUUCUGCAACAGGCGAAAACGUUCAAACUCACUCCCGGAUUCCUAGCAACGAGCUACACAGUGGGUCAAAGGCUAGUCAACAACCUGACUCUUCGGGGCUGCAGGAGGCUGGAACACUGGAAGAUAAAACAGUGAGCAAGGUGAAUCACGAAGCCUUUAAAGAAAUACUCGAUGAUAUCAUGUGCCCUGGAGACAGCAGUAACAGUACCGAAAGCCUGGCAGAGAACGCCCCUCAAAAAUUCGCUGUAACAGACAGAGAUAUAGAGGUCCUUAGCAGUGGCAAUGUAUCAGAAACGCCAAAAAACCAUCAGAUUUCGGAAACGUCUUGCUCUUCACCAGCGGUAAAACUCAAACCCAAGUUUCUUGAGGAAAACUCAAAGCCAAAAUCCUCUUUCUAUGUUCCAUCUUUUCGAACAUACACUAGCAAGCACCGUGACGCCGCUCAAGAUCCGGCUGAAAAGGCUGAUAAUGUUAACCACACUGACGGCUGA